AUGGCCUACGAUAUCCAGCCCAGCGGCACGGCCAACAUCACCGCCCUGCCAGUCAACAGCUCCAGCUUGGUUCAGCCCAUCAUGACCGGUCUCACUUCUCUCUUGCUCCUGGGCACAUACGCCUUCCAGGCCGUCCUGGGCCGGCCAGAUGCUGGCCUCGUCCGGAAUAACGGCGAGGUCAUCAAGCGCUCGGUGGACUCGUUCGUUGCAACGGAGAGUCCCAUCGCUCUGAGCCGCCUGCUUUGCAAUAUCGGAGCAACCGGCUGCUACUCACAAGGCGUAGCAUCCGGCGCGGUCAUUGCAUCCCCUAGCAAAGCCAACCCGGACUACUGGUACACCUGGACGCGCGAUGCAGGCCUGGUUCUGAAGGAACUCAUUGACACCUUUGCCAAUAAUUACAAUACCACCCUCCAAUCCGACAUCCAGAAUUACAUCAGUGCGCAGGCGAGACUCCAAGGCGUGUCCAACCCGUCCGGCUCGCUGUCAAAUGGUGCUGGCCUGGGAGAGCCCAAGUUCAACGUCGACCUCAGCCAGUUCACGGGAGACUGGGGGAGGCCACAAAGAGACGGUCCUGCUCUCAGGGCGAUCGCACUCAUCACCUAUGCCAACUGGCUCGUCAGCAAUGGCUACUCUUCAACUGCCUCAGACCUUGUCUGGCCCAUCAUCCGCAACGACUUGAGCUAUGUGGCCCAGUACUGGAACCAGACCGGCUUUGAUCUCUGGGAAGAGGUCCAAGGCAGCUCGUUCUUCACGACGGCCAGCCAGCACCGUGCACUCGUCCAGGGUGCUGCGCUUGCAUCCUCGCUGGGUACUACCUGUACAGCUUGCACCUCUGUCGCGCCUCAGAUUCUCUGCUUCCUCCAACGCUUCUGGUCGUCGUCUAGUGGGUACAUUGUUGCCAAUAUCAACGUGAACAAUGGCCGUUCUGGCAAGGACGCGAACACGCUUAUUUCAUCGAUCGCUACUUUCGAUCCCGCCGUGGCUUGCGAUGCUGCAACCUUCCAGCCAUGCAGUGACAAGGCCUUAUACUCCGAAGAUGUCUACUACAACGGGAACCCCUGGUAUUUGACCACACUUGCUGCAGCAGAGCAGCUCUACGAUGCUCUGAUGGUAUGGAAGUCCCAGGGAUCCAUCGAAGUCACAUCGACAUCGCUGGCCUUCUUCAAGGAUUUCGACUCUUCCGUCACUGCUGGCACAUACCAAUCCGGCUCUUCGACGUACACAACAUUGGUCAACGCCGUUACAGCGUAUGCCGAUGGUUACGUGAAUGUCGUAGCAACCUACGCCGCACCCAACGGGUCGCUUUCCGAGCAAUUCGAAAAGUCAAACGGCUCGCCUCUCUCGGCCUAUGACCUGACAUGGUCAUACGCCGCGUUCCUGAGCGCGGCCGCCCGUCGGGCUGGCACCGUUCCCCCAUCUUGGGUCGGAGCCUCUGGCAAUGUCGUGCCUGGGACAUGCUCUACUCCGUCAGUAUCCGGCUCAUACUCGUCCGUACCCGCACCCUCUUUCCCUGCCUCGCAGACCCCACAGACUGGCUACACCCCUACUGCGACAACUACCGGGCCUGCCCCAACCUCCACGGGUUGCACCGUCGCCUCCUCGGUCCUGGUCACGUUCGACGAGGUCGUUACCACGACGUACGGGGAAACCAUCAAGAUCGUCGGCAACAACGCCGCCCUCGGCAACUGGGACACCAGCAAGGCCGUGGAGCUCAGCGCGAGCCAGUAUACCUCGUCGAACCCGCUGUGGUCCGUCACCAUUGAAUUGGCUCCUGGCACAGUGGUCUACAAGUACAUUAGGGUCUCAUCCAGCGGGACGGUCUCAUGGGAGGCCGACCCGAACCACACCCUCACGGUGGCGGCAUCUUGCGCCACUGCUACCACUGUCUCCAACAAAUGGCAGUAG